GGUCACUACGGAGAGGUAUACAAAGGAUUCUACCAUAAAUACGAUGGAACUCUUCAGCCUGUAGCCCUGAAGAUGUUGAAGAGGAGCAUGUGCUUAAAAUACCACAAGGAAUUUGAGGAGGAAUACAACAUAAUGAAAGACCUCAAGCAUGAUAAUAUCGUUUGCGUUAUAGGCAGAUGCACCACAAUGAAAGUAAGUUCUCAAGUCUUAGUGUUGGAGUAUGUUGAAAAAGGAUCAUUAAGGGAGUACCUGCAAAAAAACCAAGCGCGAUUGGGAGUGUCCAUCCUUGUUAAGUUCGGAUAUGAAAUUGCAUGUGGGAUGAACUUUUUAGCUGAGAAGCACAUUGUUCACAGGGACUUAGCUUCACGCAAUGUACUCGUAACUGAUGAUGUACACAUGAAGAUUGGUGAUUUUGGGCUUUCUAGAACUCUCUGUCCGGAAAGAGAUUAUUACAGGAGCGACGAAAACAAAGAACUACCUGCGCCAUGGUGUGCACCAGAAGCACUUGAGAAACGAACGUUCACUGAAAAGACAGAUGUGUGGAGCUACGGCGUCACAAUGUGGGAAAUAUUCAGCUAUGGAGAAAAUCCGAAUUUGUGUGAAAUAAAAAAUCUUUGGAUGGAGCUUCACGAUGGAAGACGAUUAGAAAAGCCCGACAUAUGUCCAAAAAAAGUCUACGGUUUUAUAAUGCAACAUUGUUGGGACUACUAUGAACAAAAUCGAUCCAAUUUCAGAACCAUUCUCGAUGACUACAGAGUUAUGAUGACUAAUUAUCAAAUAAUAGAAUGA